UCCGCCGCGCAGAGCGGCUGAGGAGCCGCUGACGGCACUAAGCCGCUUACUGUAAUGCUUCUGCUGCUGAGGCGGCACGUCCCGGUUCCCUCUGCCUCCUCAGAACCGGAACCAGCGGCGCCCGGAGCUCCACGCUCCGUCCUCGGGUCCAGGAUGCUGGGAGGAGACGCGGUGGCCGUGUGGGAGGUGGCGCUGAGCGAUGGCGUCUACACGGUGGAGUUCGCCCACGGCACCACCACGGGGAAGCGCGUGGUGUGCGUCAACGGCACGGAGGUGCUCAGGAAGGACUGGAUGUUCAAGCUGGUGGGGAAGGAGACGUUCGCGGUGGGCGGCGCCGGCACCAAGGCCACCAUCAGCAUCGAGGCCGUCGGCGGCUUCGCCUACGAGUACUCGCUGAGCGUGGACGGCAAGAGCCUGCAGAGCUUCACCGACAACCGGGCCAGGACCACCAAGACCUGGACGGUCCAGGUGGACGGGACCGACUACCGGAUCGUGCUGGAGAAGGACACCAUGGACGUGUGGUGCAACGGGCAGCGGAUGGACACCAGGGGCGAGUUCGUGGACGACGGCACCGAGACCCACUUCCCGGUGGGGGGGCACUCCUGCUGCAUCAAGGCCACCGGUGGCGGCAGGAAGAAGGCCAUAGUGCACUGCCUGCUGCUGGACGGAGAGAAGCUGCCCGGUACCGCGCAGUAGAGCCCGACCGGACCGGAACCACGGGCCCGGUUCGGCUGUCCGGCUCUCACUGGUUCUGCAUGUAGACGCAGCAAAUAAUAAAGCGAAACGCCGUGGGCUUUUAUUUUGAAAGGAUGGUGACGGGUCGCUUUUUCACGGCAGCGGUGGUCUCUGCGCAGACUCAGUGUGCCUGAAUGCAGCUGUUUACCAGGAGGCAGCCAGGAAGCGCAGGAAAACCGGAACCCGACACGUCGGGCUUUCAAAAUAAAAGCGCGCAGUGCGGAAAACUUUCACCUCAGCUGGCGACUACAUCCUAAAUGUUAGAUAAAGCAGAUUGUGUUUGAGUUUACACCACAAAGCAUGUUUUAGACACUGGGUAAGUAACGAAUUAUAAAGGAAAUAGACUAAUUAAGACUGAGCUGGACCGUUAAACCAGAACUAAACAGGCUUAACCUCGUUAAAACUUAAUUAAAUUAGUGAUUCGUCUUUAACCAAAGGAGACAAACUGAACUGAACCCACAGGUAACUAGUUACAUUUACUCAGUUACAUUUACUUCAGUAACUUUCUGAACAAAAUGUACUUUUAGGAGUAGUUUUACUGCGCUGUACUUUUACUUUUGUCAUAUUAUUAGUAAAUUUCUGGCUGCUCUUCCUGCUGUGACUAACUUAGACAGAC